UAAUUCUCAUGAGCAUUCAUUCACGAUUCUAGGCUUGCCUGCGUUUUGGCAGCAAAGGGUCCAUCGCUGCGCACGACGACGACGCGCUCAUUCUCUUCGAAUCGUGCACACGGCGACCACGUCCAUCGCUACACAUUCCUAGAACAUGGCUACCAAGAUGCUACUGGGUCGCAGAGGUCCCAGCCUUGCGCACCUCAGCUCCUCCACACGUCUGCACUCUCUUCUCCCUCGCGCCUCCUCAACAGCAACAGCAUCAGCUUCCUCUCCAUCCGAGUCCACAUUGGGCUCCUUAGCUCACUCUAAAGCGCAAGAUGUGGAUGCAAAGUGGAAGGGAACCUCUGCCUUAGGUGGCACCACAAAGAACUUUGUGCACGGAGAGUUUGUAGAGAGCAAGACGGAUAGAUGGGUCGAAGUUCGGGAUCCUGCCACCCAAACGAUUCUCUCUCGUGUGCCAGACACUCCUGCAUCGGAAUUCCAACAAGCUGUAGACUCUGCCUCGUCGGCUUUUCCGGAUUGGUCGGCCACCUCGGUGCUCUCUCGACAGGGCAUCAUGCUUAAAUACCAAGCCUUGAUUCGAUCUCAUAUGGAUGAUCUCGCAAACAGCAUCGUGUUGGAGCAAGGCAAGACGUUCGAAGAUGCCAAAGGAGAUGUCUUGAGAGGUCUGCAGGUGGUCGAGACGGCUUGCAGUAUUACGUCUACAUUGAUGGAAGAGAGAUUGGAGGUGGCAAAGGAUAUGGAUACGCACGCAAGGCGCGUUCCCCUCGGUGUCACUGCCGCCAUUUGCCCCUUUAACUUCCCAGCCAUGAUUCCGCUCUGGAGCAUUCCCAUGGCUACAGUCACCGGCAACACGCUCGUCCUCAAGCCAUCAGAGAGGGAUCCAGGAGCUUCGAUGAUCCUUGCCGAAUUGGCCACCUUGGCAGGCUUUCCCAAGGGUGUCUUGAACGUGGUCAAUGGCACAGUCGAUGUGGUCAACUCUAUCUGCGAUGCGCCCGAGAUCAAAGCCAUCAGCUUUGUAGGGUCCGACAGAGCAGGCGCUCAUAUUUACAAUCGAGGCACUUCCAACGGCAAGAGGGUCCAAGCGAACCUGGGAGCAAAGAACCACGCAGUAUUGAUGCCAGACGCGAAUCUGGAACAUGCGCUCAACUCUAUUGGAGGUGCUGCUUUUGGAGCUGCAGGACAGAGGUGCAUGGCUCUGAGCGUCGUCGUCACUGUUGGUGAUGCCAAACGCUUUGUCCCUAUGCUCGUCGAAAGAGCCAAGAGUCUGCGGGUGGGAAGCGGUUUCGAGGAUGUGGACCUCGGCCCCUUGAUCUCCCCGCAAGCGCGCGAAAGGGUUAUCGAGCUCACCUCGUCCGUCGAGUCUGAAGGCGGACGCAUCCUGUUGGACGGUAGAUCCUACCGCAACUCUGCCUUCCCAGAAGGAAACUUUGUCGGACCCUCCAUCGUGGAAGCUGGACCUGGUAUGAAAGCGUACGAUCAGGAGAUUUUUGGGCCGACGCUAGUCGUGCUCAAUGUCCCAACGCUCGAAGACGCUGUCGAGGUCAUCAAUCGAAACAAGUAUGGCAAUGGGGCGGCCAUCUUCACAAACAAUGGCGCGACGGCUCGCAAGUUUGAAAAGGACAUCAAUGUCGGGCAAGUCGGCAUCAAUGUUCCUGUCCCAGUGCCUCUCCCAAUGUUUGCAUGGAGUGGAAACAAGGGCUCGGUCAUGGGCGAUAUCGGCUUCUAUGGCAAACAAGGUCUCAAUUUCUACACCCAGUUGAAGACCGUCACUUCUCUUUGGAGGAGCGCAGAUGCAACUAGCGCCACGGCCAGCGUCAACAUGCCGACCAUGUCGUGAAGCAUGAUUCGGCUACUCGUAAUUCAUUCUGCCUCUUUUGUCAACCGAGGCUAGCGGGCACAGUCAAGGUACUCGCUUAAAAUAAAUGACAGCACAAGUGUCAACCUCUUUAGAGGGGAGAGUGGAUUCAUUGAUCGCUUGGAAGCUACAUGCUCGCGCCCCUUGCCAGAAGAGGGCGACCUAUCGGGACUUCUUUGGUGCGAUCGAGCGUCGAGAGAAGGAGCGAUCGAACGGGAGAGAUACAAUGGGUUGAGCGUUGGGAACGACUACUUUCACAUUCGGAAUUUUGGAUGGAUCUUCAUUCGGUGGAGUGAGUUCACGACCGAUGCUUGUUUCAAGUUGCUGUUCGACAAAGGAAAGAUUGUCAUAUCGGUCAGCGGCUGCCCCGCGUCUGCGCUCUGGAGCCAU